CCAAAAAUAUUUACAAAUUGUUAAACUUAUAAAAAUGUUAAAUAUUUAGGGGCAAAAUUUAAUUUGGCAUGCAUUCAAUUAAAUUUCGAGUAUUAACUAAAUUAAGACCUUUUUUUUUGGAAAUUAAUGGGACGAUACCAAAAGGCCGCAAAUUUCAUGGACCACAAUCUGUAACAUUUUUACUAGAAAAGCUUGACAAAAACGCUCUUCUUAGCCAGAAGAUUACCUUUUCGACGAUCGAUCACCGGCAAACACAUUCGGGCCAUUUUAUUUCUAAACCCCAUAAAAAAGAUGUCCUUUUAAGGAACAACAAUAAUAGUAAUCUGCACUUAAUAAAGUCGUACAGUGGUUCAUCCGGUGAUCAAGAUAAGGAAGGUCCUGGCACCGAUAAGACGAAAGAUGAAAACAGUGAUAAACUUUGGAGACCAUGUGGGCGGCACAUACCAGUUACUGAUUUGCACAGUGGUUUUCUUAAUGCUAAAAACUUUUCCGAAAAACUUCCUAUAAAGAAGGAAAAGCCCGACCCAAAAGAGAAAUGUGGCAAAACACUCGAUGAGCUGCGAAAAAGUUUGAAAACAUUUCAAGAUGUGUUUGAUUGUGCACAUCCUAUCAGGCCUUAUAAGGACAAAGGAUUGGCGGUCUUCACCAGCGGCGGGGAUUCCCAGGGCAUGAAUGCCGCCGUACGAGCCUGCGUGCGUAUGGCCAUCUACUUGGGCUGCAAGGUCUACUUCAUCCGCGAGGGUUACCAGGGAAUGGUUGAUGGUGGCGAGUGCAUCCAGGAGGCCAACUGGGCCUCGGUCUCCUCCAUCAUCCAUCGUGGUGGCACCAUUAUUGGCUCCGCCCGCUGCCAGGACUUCCGCGAGCGCCAGGGUCGCUUGAAGGCUGCCAACAACCUUAUCCAGCGGGGAAUCACCAAUCUGGUGGUCAUCGGAGGCGAUGGUUCCCUCACCGGCGCCAAUCUGUUCCGUCAGGAGUGGUCCAGCCUGCUGGAUGAACUGGUGAAGAACAAGACCAUUACCACUGAGCAGCAGGAGAAGUUCAAUGUGCUGCACAUCGUUGGAUUGGUGGGCUCCAUCGACAACGAUUUCUGUGGCACGGACAUGACCAUCGGCACGGAUACGGCCCUGCACCGCAUCAUCGAGGCCAUCGACGCCAUUUCCAGUACCGCCUACUCUCAUCAGCGCACCUUCAUCAUGGAGGUCAUGGGUCGUCAUUGCGGUUACUUAGCCAUAUCGGCAGCCAUAGCCACCGAGGCUGAUUUUAUGUUCAUUCCCGAGGAGCCGGUGUCAGUCAAUUGGCAGGACGAGAUUUGUGUCAAGCUCCAGCAGGAGCGUUCAGCUGGCCAGCGCCUGAACAUCGUGAUCGUGGCCGAGGGUGCCAUGGAUCGGGAGGGUCAUCCCAUCACUGCCGAGGAUGUGAAGAAGGUGAUCGACGAGCGUUUGAAGCACGAUGCCCGCAUCACGGUUUUGGGUCACGUGCAGCGCGGCGGCAAUCCCAGCGCCUUCGAUCGUAUUUUGGCCUGUCGCAUGGGUGCCGAGGCCACCUUGGCCCUGAUGGAGGCGACCAAGGAGUCGGUGCCGGUGGUCAUCUCCCUGGACGGCAACCAGGCGGUUCGCGUGCCGCUGAUGGAGUGCGUGGAGCGCACCCAGGCGGUGGCCAAGGCCAUGAAGGAGAAGCGCUGGGCGGAUGCCGUCAAGCUGCGCGGUCGUUCCUUCGAGCGGAACCUGGAGACCUACAAGAUGUUGACGCGCCUGAAGCCCCCGAAGGAGAACUUCGACGCCGAUGGCAAGGGAAUCGAGGGCUACCGCCUAGCUGUGAUGCACAUUGGAGCUCCAGCUUGUGGCAUGAAUGCCGCGGUGCGCAGUUUCGUGCGAAACGCCAUCUACCGGGGAGAUGUGGUGUACGGAAUCAACGACGGUGUCGAGGGUCUGAUUGCCGGAAACGUCCGCGAGCUGGGCUGGUCCGACGUCUCGGGAUGGGUUGGCCAGGGUGGCGCCUACUUGGGCACCAAGCGCACUUUGCCUGAGGGCAAGUUCAAGGAGAUCGCCGCUCGCCUCAAGGAGUUCAAGAUCCAGGGACUUCUGAUCAUCGGUGGCUUCGAGAGUUACCAUGCCGCCGGACAGAUUGCCGACCAGCGGGACAACUACCCGCAGUUCUGCAUCCCGAUCGUGGUUAUCCCGUCGACGAUCUCGAACAAUGUGCCCGGCACAGAGUUCUCGCUGGGCUGUGACACCGGCCUGAAUGAGAUUACGGAGAUUUGCGACCGCAUCCGCCAGUCGGCGCAGGGCACCAAGCGCCGAGUGUUCGUCAUCGAGACGAUGGGUGGCUACUGCGGCUACCUGGCCACCCUGGCCGGCUUGGCCGGCGGAGCCGAUGCCGCCUACAUCUACGAGGAGAAGUUCUCCAUUAAGGACCUGCAGCAGGAUGUCUACCACAUGGCCUCCAAGAUGGCCGAGGGCGUCUCGCGCGGUCUCAUCCUGCGCAACGAGAAGGCCAGCGAGAACUACAGCACGGACUUCAUUUACCGCCUGUACUCGGAAGAGGGCAAGGGCCUCUUCACCUGCCGGAUGAACAUCCUGGGCCACAUGCAGCAGGGCGGCUCACCCACUCCCUUCGACCGCAACAUGGGCACCAAGAUGGCCGCCAAGUGCGUCGACUGGCUGGCCACCCAGAUCAAGGCCAACGUGGACGCCAACGGAGUGGUCAACUGCAAGGCCCCGGAAACCGCCACGCUGCUGGGAAUCGUGUCGCGGCAGUACCGCUUCUCGCCGCUGGUCGAGCUCAUUGCCGAGACCAACUUCGACCAACGCAUCCCGAAGAAGCAGUGGUGGCUGCGCCUGCGUCCCCUGCUGCGGAUCCUGGCCAAGCACGAUUCCGCCUACGAGGAGGAGGGUAUGUACAUCACCGUCGAGGAGGAGUGUGACACCGACGCCGUCGCCUAAGCGGACUCGGAUCCGGAUUCUGACUACCCACUUCCGCUUACCGCCUCCAUCGCUGCAUCGAAGCAUCCAUGUUCUCCUACCCGCACCCUCGAAUCUGUCUCUGUGUUCGCUUUUUCAGUUGUUUUGGCACCGCAUCCGAUCCGUCUUUUGGUUUUGACCAUCGAUCAGACGAAGAGGCCCAUGACAGCAGCACAUACGAAAGUAUUUCAUCAUCUACCGACGCAUACAACACGCACAAAUACAUAACUUAUUUAUAUUGCCCGCCAGUCGAUUUUUUCUUAUGAUUUUCCCAAAUAUCGUGUAUUCUUGAAUCGCGAAUCUCGAAUACUGAAUAACGUUAAUAGUUGAUUCUACAUUGCAGCCGUACCCAAGAGUCUGCGGACCUGUUAGCGGACACCGUUUCGUAUGUUAUCGUAAAUUGUUGGUUCUUCAGCCCAACUAAAUUAAAUGUUAAAGUAUUUACACAAAUUACCCACUCAACGGAACAAAAUCUAUCUGCAAAGUGUUUUUCGAGUAUUGUUAUCGAACGAAGCAAAGAUCUAUUUGUAUGGACGUGCUAAAUACAUAAUCAAAGACCUGUAGGCACAAUUUAA